UGUACUGUUUGGAGGCUUCUUGCAUAUUGCCUGACUAAACAGAACUCCUACUAAAAUAACUGUUGUGGUGAGUGGUUUGGGAUAAUAACUUCCCAGGAGUGAUAAAGGAAAAGAGAAUCGGCAGAAGACGAGAGACCUCACAAGUCAUCAUGUCUUGGGGUGCACAGAUGACACAGGUGGAUCCCAAACCUGGAGACCUGAUUGAGGUUUUCCGUCCUCUUUAUCAACAUUGGGCGAUCUACAUAGGCAAUGGAAAUGUGGUCCACUUGGCACCAGAAAGUGAGGUUGCAGGUGCUGGCAUCUAUAGUCUUCAUUCUGUUGCAUGCAACAAGGCAGUAGUGAAGAAGGAGCCUCUUUGGAAAGUGGUGGGGGAAGAUAAGUAUCAAAUCAACAACAAGUAUGAUAGAAGACACUCACGACUCCCCGUACAUGAGAUCAUCUUCCGGGCAAAGGCAGAGGUGGGAAGAGUGAUGGACUACAGUGUGUUCAAUCAGAACUGUGAGCAUUUUGUCACUGGUCUGCGUUAUGGCAGCUCUGACAGCGACCAGGUCACUGAUGGUUUCGACAUGGGGGGAGCAGUUGUAGCUGGUAUCGUAGGUAUUGCUGGUAUAGCCGCUGCUGUAUGCCUGGCUAACAAAGUGGUUGAAAGAAGACGUCAAGAUCAGUGACGCUGUCACCAAGAGGCAAAGAGAGCUUUUCCUGGAUGCUGAACCAGAGGAUCUUGCCACCCCCCUUCCCUGACACUUCAUAAUCUUGGUCUCAAUUGUUGCAAACUUUUAGCUCAUAGCUCCUUGCAGCAGCACAACAAAAUAUCAAAGAGGCUUAUUAUCUCAUCCUUCUUUCUGCAAGAAUCACUUUAUAUGUUCACCUUACCCUGUGGUUAGUCUCCCAUAUAUAUCAGUUCCCAGGGGAUUGGUCUGAUGUGGCUGUUUGUUUGGAGAUAUUUGCUCUCUUACCUCUGGGGGCCUCCUCCAUGGGUUAUACUGCUCGGUUCCCUCCUGUCACAAGGUCUGUUUUCUCUUUCAGCUUUUCUCCUUAAUUCUAACCCUUUAUUUGAUUCUGAUGCUUUCUUUUCUUUCCCCCUCUGAUGUAAGGAGGUCUCUACUGCCUUAUGGGCAGGGAAGAGAGGGAAGCAGUCUUUCCUCACUUCGCCAGAAACCCUGGUAGAAUACAAUCUUCAACCCACAUAGAUCGGACCCCUCCUAUACAUCUUUCCCCAGAGAGGGUUCUAGGGUUGCCAGGUCCCCUCACCCUCCAGGCAGGAGGUUGGAGGCCUGGCACUCACCUUUGUGAGGGUCUUUGCGCAUGCAUGCAAUGCGCAUGCUCCCAGGGCCGUACAAUGAUGUCACUUCUGUAAGUGAUGUCAUUGCGCAGGGCCUUGUGGCAACCCUUGAAGCGCUCCCAUGCUCUGCAGCGGGCUGAUUUUGGCCUGUUUGGGGCCGAAUUAUGCUUGUUUGGAGCCUAAAUUGGCCCUCGGUGAAGCGCAGAAGCGCUCCAGGGCCCUCCUGACAUUACUUCCAUGCUCUGCAGCAGGCUGAAUUGGGUUUGUUUGGGGCUGAAAUUGGCCCACUGCGGAGAGCAGGAGUGCUGCUGGGGCGGUGCGAUGGGCCCUGGAGUGCUCCCCAUUUGGGGCCAAAUUGGCCCACUGCAGAACGCAGAUGCAUGCUGUGCUGCCCGGGAGUGUGCCCCAGGAAGCCCGUUCCUCCACUCCAUCCCCACUGGCCAGGUAAGCAGGGGCAGGGGGGAGUGGGGGAUGCCCUGCCCCCAUCAGGGGACUGGCAACCCUAGAGGGUACCUAGAGGGAGUAGUUGAAAUCUCUAGAUAUUUCAACUGAGGUUUAAGAAGAACCACACAUAGGAAAACAUUUACACAAACUUCAUCUUAUAAUGAGCAGAGCCACAAUCUAGGCUGAUGGUGUCAGGUCUGAGCUGCUGCAAUUUGCAAGGGUUGCUGGGAAAUUUCUCUGCGUGAUUUACUGUUUCUGCUGUACUGUAAACUGAUGUUUAGAUUAACCUGCACUUUAUCAACUGAAGAUACGUCACACAUUUUAGUCCACAAAAGAGGAAAAGACAACAUCUGUAGUGAUUCAUGUGACAUUUGUUGUUAUGUGCCAGGAGUCUUCGACACAGUCUCUCUAUAAUAACUUCCUGAUUAUGUGUGAUCAGAGUUCCCAAAGCAGAAACACACCAUAAGAAUUCUGGAUCUGAACAAGUGCUGCUCUUAAUAUGCCUUUUUAAAAUGAAUGGUGGAAUUACUGGGGGGGAAACCCAU